CGCGCCAAGAAAUUCAAAUCAGAGGCCAUAUUGCAUUCGCAGCUUGUUAGAAACCGGUUGGAACUGCGGGAGCAAAAUCCGACAGCUAAUGGAGUUAUGCGAAAAUAAUGCUGAUCGGCGAUAGCAUCGAAGGAAUAGACCGGUCAGCUCUUAUCAGCUAAAAAUUGAUCGUGCGGUGCCGACAAUUGAUGAACGCGGUUGUUUUGGGAAUCUUCCGCACAGAUCUUCAUAGAUAACCCCGCGAAUAUGAUAUGCCGAGUGGGGUGAUAAUUAAUGCCUGAAGAAUGACUGCAUCAAUGUCUUUUGUUUAAUUAAGACAAACGACCGCUGGGAGCCAGUUAUGAAGAAAAUUUAUGCAGUUGGUAAUUCCGGCCGGUAAAAUGUCAGGGGAGAGCCACAUAUAAAAGCGCAAUUUUCGGCAACCAGCAGUCAAUAUUGUUUCGUUAUCUAUUAGCACACACAUCCCCUUUCCAACAAUGAAGUUCGUGAUCGUUCUUGCCUGCCUUUUGGCCGUGGCCUUCGCCAACGAGGAGGCUGAUGUUCUGAAGAGCGACUCCGAGGUAAACGUGCUGGACUUUAACUACGCCUAUGAACUGUCCAACCAUAUUCGCGCCGUGCAAGCUGGAGCCCUGAAGGAGCACGACAACUGGGUGGUUUCCGGGGAGUACGAGUACGUGGCCCCCAACGGCAAGACCGUCAAGGUGGUCUACACCGCCGAUGAGACCGGCUACCACCCAAAGGUCGUCGAGGCCUAAUAAAUAGGACCCACUCCCGAAGACCGAAAUAAAAAAUUAAAUCCAUUGCAGCAGC